GUUUUCAUUUCGAGGGGUCAUUGACAUUGCACCCAUUUUCAGGAAAAUUUUAUUCGGACUCGGGGUACAGUUGGUCGAUUUGGUGGGUCGGCUGCUCCGCUCUCUCCGUGUCCGUCGUAGUUUUUAAUUUUUUUGAAAAAUUAAAUUUCGAAAAAGUAAUUUUCCGAUUCCAAAUUUAUCAAUAGAAUUCAAUUCAUUUUUAAAAGGACAUUGUCAACCCUAGCUUGAAGAUGGAUAAAGAGAAUCGAGGUGUUGUUCUAACUUCGUCCAACAAGAAGAAUAACGACAAGAGGAGAAGCCAUGAUCAAUUUCUUGCCUUGUUAAGGGCUAUGCCGGUGGAUUGCGACCCCAUAGAAUACCUUAUAGACUUGAAGAAGUCGUUCCUUAAAGGGACUAUGGAAGACGCCUCGACGAGGAAACUAAUGAAGGACCAACUGAUAUUCGUGACCCACAUAUCCCGAUUACAACAACAAUUAAUUUGGCCUGUGAAAAGGUUUGGACAAAGAUCUUCUUCUGCGCCAAGCACGCCAUUUAAGAAGCGGAAAAAGAAUUCGGUUGACAGUAACGAUGGUUCGAGGGAAAGAGAACAAUGUGAAUCUAGCAGUGAAAUGAUAAGCACUUGGGACGAGGUGAAGCAAAUGUCCAGGUUGGAGUGUGUCCACGUUCAUCUGGUUGCAGCUAUGCAAUAUAUUCAUGACCAGCAAAUUGUGAAGAUGGGCAUGGAGCAGAAUUGGCGUAAAGGUCCACGAGAACCAUUUCAACUGAUUCGGACGUUAAUAAAGAACACGGGAGAGCUCAUGGACAUGCUGACGCCAGAUAUGGAGGAGAGAUACUGGAAAACGGUGCCUCAAGCGGGGGAAGCUGCGGCAGAAAUAUUUUUAGUUUUUCAUGAGUAUCACGGUUUUAACGAAUUGUUCACCUUAAAGCAAACUGGACUAGAAUUCUUGAUGGAAAAAUCUAUCAAUUUCAUGGUACAAAAUUGUAAAGCUGACCAUUUCACCGCUUUUCAACGGAAAAACAUUAUAGAAGAAAUGAUACAGGGCUUCAAAUCAGUUGCAAUUCGACACUUGAUAUUAGAAAAGUUGGUUGCCGGAGUUUACUACUUUAUUAAGCGCAUUGGAAAAUCGGUGGAUCAGAUGGAACCAAAAGUGAUGAACUUUUCUGAUAUAACGGGCUCAUUUAAUUUUUUACAACUCAUUGAGUAUAUUUUGAUGACCACACAAAAGACGCCAUGGAUUGAAGAAGCACUCUGGGAAAAAUUUUGCCAACUCGAGGAUAAAGCGAUGCAUAAGAUCAAAUUGGCAAAUAUUUUAAUUCUGGUCAGCCGACAAGUUAACCUUGCCAAACGGUUUGUAAAAUUUACUGAUGCUACUAGUUCAGAAGAUGAGUCUCAAGAUUAAUUUAGUUCGAUAUUUCAAAUUGUGCAAAUAUUUGAUAUUAGUGUUUUUAAUACUAUUUUAAAAUUCGAGAUGUUUCCAGCUUUUUUCCAAUGUUUUACCACUUGGUUUAAGUUUUUGUCAGUUCAUUCAUAAUGUGUCAAUAGAAUUGGUACGUACAUGUUGAUGUCGUAUAAUAAAGUGUACUGUGGUUACUUUCAUUGCAAUAGAA